GGCAUGUGGUUAGUACCCUUAAUAAUCUGCCUGCAUUUUCAUUGGUGGAGAUUCAUAAUUUUCUGGUCUAUUUUUACUGCAAUAACUGGGUCAAUCAUCUACAAGGCCACCAGGGAACCACUAGAUGGAAGAACUCCCAGAUUAGUGUACAAAUGGUUCCUCUUCAUAUACAAACUCAGCUACGGCCUGGGCAUUUUGGGCUAUGCAGUCAUCAUGCUGACGUUGUUUGGCUUCAACUUAUUACUGCUCAUCCAACCUCAAACGUCUAUGGAUGCUGGUCUGAUGUGUUUGUUUUAUGGUCUCUAUACUGGAGUCCUCACUAGAGACAUUGCUGAAGUCUGUGCUGACAAGAUGGCCUUUAAAAUUGGUUAUUACUCCAAAAAUGGUCUGCCAUCGAGGCAGCUUGAAUCAGACGUGUGUGCGGUUUGCGGCAACAGGCUACUAGUCCUCAACAAUGAAGAUGCAAUCAUUGAGAAAACAUACAAACUCAACUGUGAACACUCGUUUCACGAAUUCUGCAUUCGGGGAUGGUGCAUAGUGGGGAAGAAACAAACGUGCCCCUACUGCAAGGAGAAGGUUGAUCUCAAAAGGAUGUUUCCAUCUCCAUGGGACAGACCCCACGUUUUGUACGGAAACUUACUUGACUGGGUGAGGUACUUGGUGGCCUGGCAGCCUGUCAUCAUCAUGCUGGUUCAAGGAAUCAACUGGCUACUUGGCCUCGAGUAGAACCAUUUGAUAACAGCAUUUUUGACAAAUUUAUCAAUAUUUUCUUUUUUUUUUUAAAUUUUGCUGAUUGAUUUAAUAAUGAAAGUAUUGUUGUCAGCGCUAGGCAAUUGCUAACAGAUUAAGUGUAUAUAAGUUGCGUUAUGAAUGUUGUGUUCAAAAAUGUUCGUAGCUUUUUGUUUUCUUGGUGGUGACUCAUUGAUCUAUAUGUAAAUUUUCUUUAUAGAUUAGUGUGCACAAUUGGGUGUAUUGGAUAUUUAAAUUUUUUAAGUUUCGCUCAUUCAUUAUUAUAUUCUAUUUGUUAAAUAUAUUAUCUAAGCCAUGAUUAAUAUUUAUUUCAUUCAUUUAUUUUUGCGUUUAUUUAAUAUAAUUAAACUAUUCUUCAUCCGAAAUUUUAAUAACUUUUUUUCUUGAUUUUAUUAAAGGUGAUUAGAAAAU